UGCCUUCUUGUGAAGUUUAACUAGAAAUGCAAUUUGAUGAGGUUUAUAAUCUACUUUUUCAGAUAGUUGUUGAGUAUGAGCUGCUCUAAGAAAGUUCUGGUAAUUUUGGCGGAAGGAGCCGAAGAAAUGGAAGUUGUUAUUCCAGUUGACGUGAUGAGGAGAGCUAAAAUCAGCGUUACUUUGGCUGGAUUGAAGUCUGAUGAGAAUGUGAAGUGUUCGAGAAAUAUUGUUUUAAAGCCGGAUACUGCUCUUGCAUCUGUUGCUAAUGACAUUUUUGACGCUGUCUUGAUACCUGGAGGCGUAAAUGGAGCUAAAAAUCUGGCAGAUGAUGUAACUGUAGGCUUGGUAUUGAAAAAACAUUCAGACGCAGGUAAAAUAGUUGCUGCAAUUUGCGCAGGGCCUACGGCUGUUGCGAAGCACGGAAUCGGCAAUGGAAAAAAAGUGACAUCUCAUCCAUCAGUUAAGAGCGUAAUGGAGGAAGCGGGGUAUGAUUACUCAGAAGACCGAGUGGUAGUUGAUGGUAGCCUGAUCACCAGCCGGGGGCCUGGAACUGCGUUUGAACUAGCUUUCGCGAUGAUUGAGGCUCUAAUUAAUAAAGAAGCAGUGGAAGCGCUGAAACCUGGAAUGCUGAUCAAAGAUAGUUAAUUGCUAUUAAUCGACUUAUUGGAAGAGAAGACUGAAAAUAUCGCACCUUAAGUUUGCUGGUAUUGCACCUUAAGUAUGAUUGUUACUUCAAUCAUGCAAAUAAUUUAGAAUGUGUUGAUUGCAAUUUGUAAUUUAUACUGCGUUGUCAAAUUUGGUAUGAAAACGUUUUUAAGAAAAUCUAAUUAGAUUACUUGCUUAGGAGACGCUUAGUUUUUUGUGUCACAUGAACGAAGGAAAUUGGGCUACUGCCGUUGUUCAACGACCAGAGACACUAUCUCUUUUUAUAAAAUUUAUGUGCUUGGAAUGGGUUGAAACUAACACAAAAGAGCUACAAUCUCGAUUAAAAACAUCCCAAGCUUAAGUUUUGAAAUAACCUAAAUUCGCGUACGAAAAUGCCGCUAAAAGCUGGGUUGGUAACUUAUCAUCUAUCACUUUUCAAUGGAAAGCGUGCGUUUGAUCUAUUUGAGUUAACUGCAUGAUUUAAAUGUUUUUAAAAAUAUUUAAGGUUUCGAAUGACAGUUUGUUUUAUUCGAGCUGCAAAAUUGCGUAAUCUACUGAUCGUUGAGCGAAUAAUUGAAGUUAACCGAAAAAACGUGCAGGGACCUUUGUACAUGAUAUGUCAAGACUUAAUUGAUCGAGAGCUGAGCUUAGCAGCAGCACAAAAUAUUAUUCACAGCUUUUAUAGAAAGCACUCUCAAAUAGCAAAUGCACCGAAUUGUCGGUUUUUUCUUGACGAAUUUGAAAUAUAUAAAAAGAGCGGAAAAGAAAUCAGUAAUGUUAUGUUUGAUUCAACUGAUCACACUGCUAGAAAGCAUGCAGCAAAUAUUCAGAACGCUAAAAUGACUGAAAUAGACAUUGAAUGCCCUACAUCAUGCUUCAUUGAAAACCAUUCGAAGAUGAAACGUUACCAUGGUGUUGUGCUGGGAGGAACUUUUGAUAAAUUGCACUAUGGGCACGAGUUGCUUCUGACUAUAUCAGCUUAUUUAGCAGAGAACAAAAUCGUAAUAGGAAUUACUGAUGAUGACUAUGUUCAAAAGCGGAAGAUACUCCCUGAAUUUAUCGAUACAGCCAAAUGUCGAGUUCAUUUGGUCAAAAAUUAUGUUCAAUCCAUACAUCCUUCUCUUAAGGAAGUAAUCGUUGAAUCCAUGAAUGACGGUUUUGGGCCUUCAAUUCGCGAAGUUGAUCUCGACGCCAUAGUUGUUUCACCAGAGACCUUAAAAGGCGGACAAGCCGUUGUUACAAAAAGAAAAGAACUAGGAUUGUGCAAUCUUGAAAUUGAGCAGAUUGAAAUUUUAGACGAUAGAUUGUCGACUGAAAGUUCCGUUUAUGAGGAAAAAAUUUCCUCGUCAAAUCAGAGGAAGCAGAUACUCGGUACUCGUAUCGCACCCUCAAAAAAAAACAAAUUCAAAUCUGAGUCGUUAAUCAUUGGUGUCACUGGUGGAAUAGCAUGCGGUAAAAGUGCGCUAACAGAGAAAAUAGUCAAUAUGUUCAAGACCCAUUUCGAAGUUAUUGCUGUAGACUGUGACAAACUAGCGCACUUAGCCUAUGAAAGUGGCUCUGAUUGCUUUGAACAAAUAAUACAAAGUUUCGGCAAAGAUGUUUUAAUGUUAAAUAGUGUUGGCUCUCAGGAGAUAAACAGACAAGUUUUAGGCCAGAAAGUUUUCGGAGAUCAUAAUAAAUUGAAGAAACUGAAUGAAAUUGUAUGGCCGGAAGUUCGAAAACAAGUGGAAAAUAUCAUCAAGAAAAAUCCUGAAAAGGCAAAAUUAUUGUCGUUGAAGCCGCGCUUCUAAUAGAGGCUGAAUGGGCAGAUUUAUGCGAAGAAAUUUUCACGUGUAUAGUUCCAAAGCAAAUGGCACUCGAACGGCUAUCGACAAGAAACCCAUUGUUGUCUGCGGAAGAAGCGCUCUCUCGCAUUGAAAGUCAAAUUUCGAAUAGAGAGCGAAUUGAGCAUUCUACUUUUGUUUUCUCAACGCAAUGGGAUCACGACUUCACCUUACAUCAACUCACUAAAGCUUUCAGUACAAUAAAACAUGAGCUCCUCUUGUGAGCUUUUUGGUUGUCUUUAAUUAAAUAAAAUCAAUGAACAAAAUUAAGUUAAUGCUUGAAGAAUAUAUACUCCUUGAGUCGGAGAACGAAUAAUUUAAUGUAGUCAAAAA